AUGAAAGGAUUUUUCACUAUCUCAAUUGUCAUUGCUGCUCUAUUCUCCCAAUCAAGUGCCUUCUUGAAAUAAAGAAUACAACUUAAGCCAUAAAUGAACGACUUGAACAAUCAAUUGGAGAAUAUUUUUGAUAGUCUAAGUCACCAUUAGAACUAAAUUGGAGUAAUAGGAUUAAAUGCCGCUCAAAGAGAUCACAACGAUCCAAAUCAAGGCAGACUUGUCACUUUCAAAGCAUACAGUGAUAUUAAUGCCGAAGCUAAUGGAUUCUGCAAUGUUGUUGAAUGUGAGGAUUUUGAAAGAGACGGACUCAAGGACACUCUUAAAAUCCAAUACAAUGAAGCUGCAGAACACGAUUAGGAAGAUCAAUUCCUUAAUAGUCUCGAUGAACUAAGAGAUUUCUACUAGAAUAAACUUUAACAAUUACUUGCAAAUCAAACACAAGCUGAUGUUAAAUAAGUGAAAAAGCAAUUGAGAGACAAAAUUACAGAGGAAGUCAAGGGAUAUCUUAAUCAGAAACUCUGA